AUGGGGAUUCCACAAAUAGAUCCUAACUUAUCAAAUCCUAUUGAUGAAGAUGCUCCUCCAACAAUCUAUGGAUCUCAUUUAAAACCCGAACUAGCUACUGCAGCUUUGAACCUACCUAUCGAUUUUAUAAAGCAAAAAGAAUCGUUGGCAAAUCACUAUUUGGCUACUCACCAUGUUACCAUAAGUGCUGUUUUGAUUGCAGCUUCGGUAUACGUAGGCAAAAACUAUGUUUUUACAACAAGAAGUACCAACUCUGUGGCGGAGUAUUUGUCUUUCUUCCUGUCAAAUAAUAAAAAGGAGAUAAUCACUACAGUUAUUGUUUUGUGUAUUAGUGCGUCUCUUUUGAUAACAUCGUUAAGCAGAUUAACCGGUGUAGUUUUCAAGCCAAAAAUUGAUUCGAUAGUGAACAGUAGGGGUAUAACCCUGUUUGGUCUGGACUUGAAACAGCUUGCAAAUGGUGACAGUAAGUCAGUAAAUGAUAAGAAAGUGGAUGACACUUAUGUCGUUGUUUACAGGGAAACUCCUAUUGCGUUGGUAUCUAUUGCUGAAAACAUGCAGUUGUCUACCAAGGAGUCUCUGGUAAUGGGAAUUACAACAAUCGGAUGUCGCCAAGUCUACCAGAGAAGUGGUAUAAUCGAAGAUUUACUUGAUUGGGCCUUGCUAAGGACAAAGGAUAUUCAGCAGCAGUCUGGAAAGUACAAGCCUGGUCAGUCUAUGAAACUAUUAAUUGAAGUGUACUCCUUUGACAAGUUCAUGAAGAAAACCUUAAAGAAAAAGGGUUUCAAUAUGCUGGAGAGCUUUAGUAUGCCAGAAAGCAAAAUUCUAGGGGGACUGUUUAGGGUUAGAAGAGAACUAUGGGGAAUUAAAUUCCAUUUUGAAUCUAAGAAAGAAUGA